AUGGCCGGCCACCAACCCAGCAGGCUGGGCACCUUCGCUCGCCGCCUCCUUCUAUCUGCCUUUGAUCGAGAGGAGCAAGGCUUCCCCCCAAUGAACGGACCGGGUAUGCCACCCCACUCUAUGAUGGCAGACGGUCAAGCACAACAUCCAGAUCCCAUGGGCCCAGGCGGUCCAGGACCCGGUGACUUCCCACCGAAACGCCUCACGCUCUCAACCACCGAAGCCGGCUCUCUCAUCCCCUCCUAUGACAAACUCCUCAUCUUCCGUGCUCUCACUGGCAUCGACAGCGUCCCCGCCCUCACCGCACUGAACCAAUUCGCCCGCUCCGCCCCCAACGUCGGCAUCUACACGCGAGUCGUCCGCGCCGAACAAGCCUCCGCGCAACGCUACCGCCUCUUCAGCAUCCUGAUCAACACCUGUCUGAGCAUCCAGAUCGUCGUCGCUGCCGCCUUAACCGCCAUCGGGGCCGCCUCGGGCCCCCACUCCGCCGUCACGGCCUUUGGCGCAAUCAACACCAUCAUGGCCGGCGUCCUCACCUACCUCAAGGGCUCCGGCCUCCCGGAUCGUCUGAAACACUACCAGAACGAGUGGCGCAAUAUUCGUGAGUAUAUCGAGCAGCGCGAACGUGAGCUGUGUCUGGAUGGCUGCGCGCUAGACAUCCAGGAGGAGAUCCAGAUCAUCGAGCAUAUGUAUGAGGGCGUGAAGCGGGAGCUGGAGGCGACAAAAAGUGGCGGCGAGAAUCGUGCUGCGCAGCAGCCGGGUCAUCGGAGAUCGUUCCUACCUGGUCGUCCUUACCCGCCGCCGCAGUCAUCUUCAUCGCCGUAUCCUAUGCCGCCGCAUCCACAGUCACAUCCACAGCAGCAGAUGCAACCACCGAUGAUGCAGACAGAAGGACAGGGACAUGGGCAGACACGACCGCCAAUGUCGCCUUAUCCUAUGCAACCGCAUCCGCACCCGCACCCUCAGCCGCCGAUGCAGAUGCAUACACAGAUGCAAGGUCAUGAGCAGAACAGGCCGCCGAUGUCGAUGCCGCCGAUGCGGGAACCGUCGGGGGCAAGCUCGGUGACCAUGCCUGAGCCGACCUUCUCACUGGAGAAACAUUGA